AUGCCAACUCAAGACCCUCAAACAGUACCUCCGGACGAGACAGAGAAAGAACAAAAGCAAGAAGAGGAGGAGGAAGAAGAAGACUACAUGUCCAUGAUAAUUCCUGAACAAACCCUUCCCAAGCGCAAAGAGACCUACACCCAACGUCUCCUCCGUCAGCAACGCGAACGCGAAGCCUCCCAACCAAAACCCAAAGCUGAGCGUUUACUCCACGAGGCAGCGCAACGAGACACCGCCCUCUCAACCUCCCUUCUCUCCUCACCCAAUGCACAAAAGAAUAAAGGUCUAGCAAUGAUGGCCAAGAUGGGCUUCAAACCUGGUGUCGCAUUAGGCAGCAAGGACAAUCCGCAUGCAAGGUUGGAACCUGUGGGUAUUAGUAUUAAAGAGGAUAGAGGGGGCAUAGGAUUGGAUGCCGAGAAGAAGAGAAAGUUCAAUGAUGAGGUGGAGAGGGAGGGGAAGAGAGUCAGAGCUGAGGAGGGAGAUUAUAGGGAGAGGGUUAGGAGGGAGAGGGAAGUGGUUCGAUUGGAAGGGCAGAUUGGGGCCGCGAUGAGGGUUGCGGAGAGCAUGGCGGGAGAGAAGGAGGAGGUUGAGAUGGGCGUUGUGGAAGUGGGAAAGAAGAGGACAAUUUCUACGAAGCCUUUGAAGUCGGUUAAUAUCUUGUGGCGGGGUUUAAUACGGCAGCGCGAGGAGAAGGAAAGGGAUAGGAGGAUGCGAUACGAUCUUCAACAGAGUUUGUCACGACAUGUUAAUUACGACAAUGACGAUGAAGAUGCCGAGGACAAGAGAGCUCUUGGGAGGGAUGUGGUUCAGCAUACUUUGGUGGAAGAUCUUGAGGAAGAAGAUCCGGAACUGGACGCCUUCAGCGAGUUAGAUCCUGCUGAGAGGCUAGAGAAGCUCGUCGUACACCUGCGACAAGAGCACAAUUACUGCUUUUGGUGUAAAUUCACGUACCCAAACAAGGAAUUUGAGGGCUGUCCAGGGCUGACAGAAGAAGAGCACGAUUGA